CACUCCAGCCUCUUUAUAACAACUCGGCGUUCUCUCUCUUCUCCGACUCCGAGAAGAAGAGGGGAGAGAGGGAGAGAAAAAGAGGGAGGGAGAGACAGCGAUGGGUUCUUCCAAUAAACUCCAAGCAGCCUUCAAAGUCCCAAAGCGAGAGCUCCCACCACCCCUCCCCCCCGAUUCCAACCCUAAUCUUGCGGGCUCUUCGACGGCGGUGGCGGAGGGGGGAGCGACGGCGGUGGCGGUGGAGGGGGUGGAGGAGGACGAGGUGUUGCGGGACGCGGGUGCGCUGUCCCGGGAGGAGGUGCUCCGCCGCCGGGCGCGGCGGGUGAGGCAGCUGGAGAGCCUCUACCAGCGGCAGUACUGGGCGCUGGUGGAGGAGGUGCGAGUGAGGCACCGGGACUAUUACUGGGAGUUCGGGGUGAGCCCGGUGGUGGAAGGGCCGGAGAACGGUGGGGUUGUGGUGGGGGAGGAGGGAGGGUUAGGGUUUAGGGAGCCGGGGAGUAAUAGUAAUGUGGCGGUGGAAAAGGGGGAGAGGAAGCGGUGCGCGUUUGCCGGGUGCAAGUCGAAGGCGAUGCCGCUGACAAAGUAUUGCCAUCCCCACAUACUCUCGGAUAGCAAGCAGACGCUGUACAAGCCUUGCAAUUAUGUUAUCAGGAGCGGUCCACAAAAUGGGCAAGUUUUUUGCGGGAAGCCAGUUCUGAGAGCUGCCAUGCCUUCACUCUGUCAUGUGCACUUGCAGAAGACGCAGCGGAACAUAUCACAGGCUUUGAAAAAAGCAGGCCUUCACACAUCCUGUUCAGGGAGGCCUGCUCCAAAAUUUAAUAUUCUAAUUGCUGAAUGUGUGCGCCAAAUUCAAGCCAGAAGAAGAGAAGCAUCGAAUGCUGCCACUGAUAACAUUGCACAAGAAGAGAAUGAAAAGCUGGACAUCUUGGUCGCCCCGCUUCAGCCUGGGAAGAAAAUUUUUUACCAUUCUCCAAAGGAGGUUUUGCAGGUCUAUUCAAAUACAGUGUGGGGAAACAGGCUUGGUUCUCAUUGUGAUACCAACCAGUCAGUUACAUGGCUAUGAUUAUCAGAUGAUGGCCGUAUAAAGGUUUUUCUAUCUGAUGGUUGCCGGCAUGCUUGGAAGAGUAUUCCUGAAAUUUUUCUGGCUGGUUGGUCUUUCAGCUUUAUACUUGGGCAGGGCAUGGCAGUGGAAGCUUCAUUACCAUGCCGCAGAUAUAAUCCAACCCUUGGCAUCCCUUCUUGGGUGACUACUUGAUACAACCUCAUCUGCUUGCUGCUGCGUGCGUGCUCAUGUGCUGUCUUCUGUUGUUUGAGCAGAUGUAAUCUGUCCUAUAUGCCACUUUCAUGUUGUCUAAUGCAAAUUGACGCUGAUGUGAUUAUCUCUGGGCAAUAAAAAAAAAAGGAAAAAAGAUUAUGAUACAGUUGCUGUUUGAAUGUGGGGAUCUUUCCCCAUGGUGAAAAACCAGAUCUGGAUUACAUAAUCUUGUAUUUUGUUAAUCUGGAGAUUCUAUAAUCAGAUAUUGCCAGGCUGUAAGAACAUACAUCGACGUGCUUCUCAAGUCUCAUGCAGGAGACUGUAAUUUGGGUAUGGCCACAUGAAAAUUUGUACAUGACAGUUGAAGAAUGACACAUUGGUGGCUUGUUUGUAAAAUUGACUGUCCAAUAUUUUGAGGCAACCUCCUUUUUCGUAGUACA